GCAUGGAUGCUGCAGCCCUCCCUUCCAUCACUAGGGGGCGUCACAGUGUCAUAAAUCUUCACGCUCGGUAGCUCCCAUCGACGCCCCUGAGCUGCCGGGACUCAGUGACGGAUUGGCAACAAACGAAGAAAACUUCGCCGUGCGUGCGCUUGUCAUCCAACUAUUUACGCUUCAAACUUCUGGGGGGAUGUGCUCGCGUUUGAAGCUCCGGGCGGAGAAGACCGUUCCAUCAAGUACUUGAUCUGUCCGUCUGCCUCAUCGACUCGAGAGCUGAAAAGUGAACUGGAUGACUCUUCUUAAGUGGAGUACGGCCUUCCCUCACUAAACCAAAGGCCCCAUCAUCGCCCAUCCCUUCCCCACAUCCUGAGAGUCUUCGAAAGGCCACGGAUUUCAACUUUGCCGGGGAUUUUCCAGGUGUUGUGAAAGCCAUUACUUUCACCUAGCAACCUGCUGCCGACCCCUGGGGGCUCUGUCGCCAUGGCUACCAACAGGGAACAGCAGGUGGGUCACAUGACCGGCUUCCCACCUGCUGUCUACCCCUUCGCCUUCAACUCCAUGAGAAGCCACUCCCCCUUCGACCUGCUGGCCAACAGCAGCCUGUUUGGGAGAUUUGGUGCUGACCUGCCCAAAGAGAUGGCCGCUCUCUCGGUGGAGACCCAGAGCACCAGCUCUGAGGAGAUGGUACCCAGUUCUCCGUCACCACCUCCGCCACCUCGUGUCUACAAGCCCUGCUUUGUGUGUCAGGACAAGUCCUCGGGGUACCACUACGGGGUCAGCUCCUGCGAGGGCUGCAAGGGUUUCUUCCGCCGCAGUAUCCAGAAGAACAUGGUGUACACCUGCCACCGAGACAAGAACUGUCAGAUUAACAAGGUCACACGCAACCGCUGCCAGUACUGCAGGCUGCAGAAGUGCUUUGAGGUCGGCAUGUCCAAGGAAGCGGUGCGUAAUGACAGAAACAAGAAGAAGAAGGAUGUGAAGGAGGAGGUGGUGCUUCCAGAGAGCUAUGAGCUAAGUGGAGAGCUAGAGGAGUUGGUCAAUAAAGUCAGCAAAGCUCACCAAGAAACCUUCCCAUCACUUUGUCAGUUGGGCAAAUACACCACCAACUCCAGCUCAGACCACCGCGUCCAGCUGGAUCUGGGUCUAUGGGACAAGUUCAGUGAGCUCUCAACCAAAUGCAUCAUCAAGAUUGUGGAAUUUGCCAAGCGGCUGCCAGGUUUCACCACCCUCACCAUCGCAGACCAGAUCACUCUACUGAAGUCGGCCUGCCUGGACAUACUGAUGCUGAGGAUCUGUACACGCUACACCCCAGAGCAGGACACCAUGACCUUCUCAGACGGCCUGACUCUGAACCGGACUCAGAUGCACAACGCCGGCUUCGGACCACUCACAGACCUGGUGUUUGCCUUCGCUGGCCAGCUUCUACCCCUGGAGAUGGAUGAUACAGAAACAGGCCUCCUCAGUGCCAUCUGCCUCAUCUGUGGAGACCGUAUGGAUCUAGAAGAGCCCCAGAAAGUAGAUAAACUUCAAGAGCCUCUACUUGAGGCUCUGAAGAUCUACGCCCGCCGCCGCCGCCCCAACAAACCCCACAUGUUCCCCCGCAUGCUGAUGAAGAUCACUGACCUCAGGGGCAUCAGCACCAAGGGUGCAGAGCGAGCCAUCACUCUGAAGAUGGAGAUCCCAGGGCCCAUGCCUCCUUUGAUCAGGGAGAUGCUUGAGAAUCCAGAAGCUUUUGACGACCAAACAGAGUGCAACGAGAGCCCGCCGCCCCCGCCGCCGCCGCCGCCACCUCCACCACCAGCCCUGGUCCUGAAGCAGGAGGCCGAGGAUGAGGACGACAGCUGGGCCACAGAGAAUGGCAGCGAGCCGUCACCGGAGGAGGAGGACGAGGAUGACGAUGACGACGUGGGAGAUGAAGAGCGAGACAGGGGCUCGGACAGUGAUGGGGAGCCCUGGGGGGUUCUGGAUGCCAUAGAUGGGUCGAGGAAAGGCCUUGUUGGGAGGGCGCAGUGAACAGAGCAUUUCAUACAUACAUCCAUACACUAAUGCAAACACACACACACACACAUACACACAUACACACACACACACACACACACACAUACACACACACACACACACACACACACACACACACACACACGCACACACACACAACGUACAAACAUACAGCACAACCUCACUCACUCUCCCACCUCAAGAAAAUGCUGGCCUUCUCUUCCGCCCCUUCUCUCUCUCUACUGCACAUCAUUGUGUCCUCCUCAGCGGAGCACAGCAGAGCCUUAUGUGUACAGACACUUCUAACUCAGGCCACAUGGUCCAUGACAAGUGAACUACAGGAAAAAUAAAGCAAAGGAGAGAUGACAGGAAACCAUAUGAACUCCUGGCAUAGCCAAGAGGGAAGUUAAGGUGACAAAAAGAACAUAACCUCUUUGAGAAAGCUAACUGUCUCUUUUUUUUCCACUAUUGUUGUUUAUAUCUAAAUAGGGGAACGGCCAAACCAGACUCCAGAACUGAGCAGUUGAUUCCGAUGGAUUACAACAAGCACAUUUCUCAAAAGAAAACAAGAGUACAGGGCAAAACCAAAUCGAGUAUGCUAAUCGUUUGUUUUUUGUGGUUAUUGCUUUUGAAUAUUGUUUUCAGUUUUUCUUUUUUUCAAUUUAUGAACAAGUCCAUACAUAUCUAUAUACCAUUAUAUUUUUGUCUUUUUUGUUAUUCUGGUUUUAUAUAUGAAUCCUUUUAGACAAGUUUUUUUUUCUUUGAAGAGCUUUCCUGAGAAGAUAUUCAGAGGGAAAGAAGGGUAAUCAGAACUGGCUGGGUCUUCCUUAUCAGCUACAUAUGCUUGGCUAGGGCUUCUUUGGGCACUUUGGCUCACUGUGGAUGUCAAUGAUAAUCAACCCAGAGGACUAUUGUUAUGUUGCAGUGACUUAAUCAGUUUCUGUUAUCAGGGAAUUGGCAUUAUUUCAUUUUGCUCUCGUUGCAGCCAACAUACGCUGUCAAUGUGGAAAGUUGCAUCUUUGUGCCAAAGUUAGGAACAGUCAUCUUUGGAGCAUGAGUUUGACUACUGGCAGGGACUCCAGCCACGAUCCAGCAAUCCUCACAGCAGAGCACUCACACAUGCGCUAAUACAGACACACCCUUGAUCUCAUGCACAGUAUAUAUACACAAAAACAUGUAACACACACACACACACACACACACACACACACACACACACACAAACACACAAACACACACACACACUCCUUUCACUCUACCCCCAGCUGUAGCAGAUGUGCCGACCUGGCAUCGAGUGCCCGGACAGAGAUUUACACUUGACCGUAUAUGUAGCACUUUUUGUUAGCCUCUAUUCAAGUAAGGCACAUCUGGGCCGCUGAGAGUAGAGUCACUGUCUGUGAGCUUGUCUCUCCGUUAGCAUGUCCAAACUGAGGACAACGUCAACACAUGAAAUACAAUCAACCCUAGAGCACUCCCCGAUGAGCCAAAUACACGCACACUUUCAGCACGGGCAAAAACAUCCACACAUAGUAGCAGCAUUAUGCAUUAACAUAAUGAUCAAUCAAAGACAUAUGCAAGUCAUAAGCAGGAAUCCUUAUGGAAGACAUUUUGGAAUCAGACUCAGGGCUUUUCAGUAAGGACCAAACCCUAGCUGCUUUCAGGCACGCUAGAAACAGGCAAUAUUUAUGUGUGUAUUCUUGACUCCGUUUUGAUCAGCUCAACCCCUCUGCGUGUAUAUAGAAGGUGAUAAGUCUGAAAAACAGCAUGGAUGCCAGUCUGACUCUCCCAGAAGGGAGGGGCAAUUCAUCAUCAUCAUCAUCAUCAUCAUCAUCAUCAUCAUCUUCCUCUUCCUCCUCAUCAUCGUCAUCACUGCCCCGCCUGUGCUUGCGCUGGCAUCCAUGCAGCAAACUGCCUUCUCAUCCCAAAAGCCAUUAUAUCAACUUGUCUUCUUGUGUAAAUCCUGACUUCUUUUAAAGGAGCUGUGGAGGAA